GAACUGAGGAAGCUGUGGCCAGACUGGCGGUGAGGCCACUCUGCUCCCGGCCGUCCUCCUGUUGCCUAACGGCUGCUGAGCCUGUGCUGGGCAGAGCGUCCGGUGGGGCGGAGGGGCUGGCCUGACCUCCCUGUUCUCUGGGGAUGUUGGGGCAAGCUGUCACCCUCACACUCCUCCUGUUCCUCCAGGUGCCUCAGGGCCAAGAAUGUCCAGAUUCAACCAACCAUGUGGUUGGUCUCUCAGGAGAGUCUCUCCAGUUAUGGCUCAACACCACACAGACAAAUAUAAGCUCUGUUGAAUGGAAGAUGCAGCUGGCCUCACAUUCAUCAUAUCAGAAGAUACUGACGUGGAGGAAUGGGUCCAAUAUUAAUUAUGAAUCUUCAACUUCAAAUAAUAUCAGCAGUAAAUCCAGGUUUAUAAUCAAGAACUUGACUCUUUUCAUCAACGCAGCUCAGCAGCAGGACAGUGGCCUCUACUGUGUGGAGGUCACCAAUGAGACUGGAAAUGUUUGGAGAAGCAGGUUCGAGGUCCUUGUAUUUGAUGAAAUUGAGAAACCCCUCCUGCUGGGGCAGGGGAAGGUCCUGGAUGGAGGAAGGUGCCAAGUGUCUCUGUACUGCUCAGUCUCCAGGGAUAGCAAUGUGAGCUAUGCUUGGUACAGAGGGAGCGAGCUGAUCCAGAGGUCAAGGAACGUCACACACCUGGAGAUUGACGCUGAUGGCAUGUACAUAUACACCUGCAAUGUCAGCAACCCUGUCAGCUGGAAAACCCACACCCUCAACUUCACUAAGGGUUGUCAGAAUGCCCAGGAAUUCAGAUUUGGGCCCUUUCUGGUGACCACUGUGAUUCUAAUCACACUGCUGCUUGGCACCCUCGCCUGCUUCUGUGUGUGGAAGAGGAAGAGGAAGCAGCCACAGACCAGCGCUGAGGAAUUUCUGACAAUUUAUGAAGAUGUUAAGGACCUGCAGACUAGGAGAAAUCAAGAGCAGAAGCCAAAGCAGAAUUCUCCUGCAGAAGGGAGCACCAUCUACUCUACGAUCCAGUCCCAGUCUUCUGCUUCCACAUCACAAGAAACUGCAAAUACGUUAUAUUCGUUCAUACAGCCUUCCAGGAAGUCUGGAUCCAAGAAGAACAAUCACAGCCUAUCCUUCAGUAGCACUAUCUAUGAAGAGGUUGGAAAGGGACAGCCCAAAGCCCAGGACCCUGCUAAAUUGAGCCGCAAAGAGCUGGAGAGCUUCAGUGCUUAUUCCUAGUUGUCGCAGCUGUUCUCACCUCGUACACAGCAGCGUCUGUUUUGGGCAUCAGCACAAUGGAUGAUGCCACAUGAGUCUCUAUAGGACACACCCUAGUCUGCAGAGGACAUGAAAGUUUGUUCAUUUUUGUUUUGAAAACUGUUUCUAACAGCUGCCAUAAGAGCCAUGCUGUUAAAUAAUAUCUUCCAAUUUACAGUUUGGACAAGAACAGGUGGAAAGGGUGAGUGGUUCAGAAAAGACCACAUUCCAAUACUUGUAAUCUAUAAAGUGUUGUGUAAAUGCUGGGUGGCAUUGUUAUUA